CGCUAGAUCUGGCCUCGGGGGUUACACACAGCUGUUUCCAUUAGCACACCCAGUUUAUCUAUGACUAUGAGUACAUAGAUGGAUGCACACCCAGUUUGCAUUAGCUCGCACUGAUCAUACUCCCAACAAACUACGCAUUUCCACAUCCACUCCUCCAAGCUCCAGCCAUGCAGGUGGUGACGGGGGCCAUGGGCGCCCUCAUCCCCAAGCUCUUCCAGCUCCUCAACGAGGAGUACAAGCUUCAGAAGGGUGUGAAGCAAGACGUCGAGUUCCUCACCAAAGAGCUUCCAAGCAUGCACGAAGCACUCCGCAAGGUGGCGGAUGUGCCGUGGGACAAGCUUGACAAGCAGGUGAAGAUCUGGGCUGACGAGGUCAGGGAGCUGUCAUACGUCAUGGAGGAUGUGGUUGACAGCUUCAUAGCAAGUGUCGAAGGCUCCGAGCCCGCCGCCAACUCAAAUAAGCUCAAGGAGCUCCUGAAGAAGAUGGGGAACUUGCUCCCCAGGGGUAAGGCUCGUCGUAAGAUUGCGAAGAAGAUUAAAGGCAUCAAGAUCCAAGUCAAGGAGGUGGCCGAGAGGCGUGACAGGUACGGGGUUAAUGGUGCGGUUGCUAAUCUAGCUGCAGCCCCACCUACCGUUGACCCUCGCUUGUUGGCUCUGUUCAAAGAGGAGAAAGAGCUUGUUGGCAUCGACGUCGCAAUGGACGAGAUAACCAAGAAGCUCACGGAUGGGGAUGGGGAUGGGGAUGUGCCCAAGCAACAAUUGAAGAUUCUCUCCAUUUUUGGAAUUGGGGGACUUGGCAAAACAGCUGUUGCCAAAGUAGUGCAUCAGGUGCUUCAAGAAAAAUUCAUGCUCAAGGCUUUUGUUUCGGUGGGUCAGAAGCCCGAUGUGAAGAAAGUCCUCAGGGACAUUUUCCUUGAGCUUGACAAGGAAGGCUACAAGAAAUCCAAUGCACAAAAGUUGGAUGAAAAGCAGCUCAUAGUAGAACUCCGAAAAUUACUUGAGAAUAAGAGGUACUUUAUUGUUAUUGAUGAUACAUGGGAUGUAGAAUCAAGGAAUAUAAUCAGUUGUGCUUUGAAGGAUAGUAACUGUGGAAGUAAAAUAAUCACAACUGCUCGUAGUUUGAAAGUCGCCAGAAAGUCCGGUGAGGCUUACCAGCUAAAGCCACUUUCCCCCAGCAACUCUGAAAAAUUAUUGUAUAUGAGAUUAUAUGGUGGUAAAAGCAAAUGCCCUAUUGAUCAUCCGCUUGAGAUAUCUAAAAAGAUUAUACAGAGAUGUGGUGGUGUACCAUUAGCUAUCCUUACAAUAGCUAGUUUGUUAGAUGGUAAAGUGAAAGAGGAUUGGUCUAAGGUCUAUGACUCAAUUGGUUUUGGGCACGGAAAAAACCAAGUUGUAGACAAUACAAGAAAGAUACUGCUAUUUAGCUGUUAUGAUCUACCCUAUUAUCUGAGACCUUGUUUUUUGUAUCUAAGCAUAUAUCCAGAAGACUACACAAUCAACAAAGAAACUUUGAUCUGGAAGUGGUCAGCAGAAGGUUUUAUCAAGGAGGAACCGGGGAUAGGGCAAUAUGAGCUUGGAGAGAGAUACUUCAGUGAGCUGGUGAAUAGAAGUAUGAUACAACCCAUCUGGGGCGGUCAUGGCUCAUGUUUCGUGACUGGUUGUCGUGUGCAUGAUCUUGUGCUUGAUAUGAUAUGUCUAUUGUCAAAUGAAGAGAAUUUUGUUAGGGUAUGGGAUGUUAAUGAUCAAAGGACAUCUCGCCAAAGUAAUUCUCGUAGGUUAGCCAUCCACAAGAUAGUCUUGGAGCAGGAUGACUCUCUGGCUAACAUGUUCACCCCACAAUUGAGGUCAUUCAGUGCCACCGGAUGUGAUUUCCAUGUGAUGCCAUCACUUACAAGUUUUGGAGCUUUACGUGUCCUAGAUAUGGAAGAUUGUAGUUUUAAUGGAGAUGACACUUAUCAUCUGGACCAUCUUGGGAGUUUCCUCCAUUUGAGGUACCUGGGAUUGUGGAGAAUAGAUAAGGUACCUGAAAAAAUAGGGAAUCUGAAGUUUUUGCAGACACUGGACUUGGGGGCUACUAGGAUAAAAGAAUUGCCACAAAGUUUUGGUCUGUUAAGGCAACUCAAGCGCUUGCAUUUUGGUGUCGCUGAAGGAAUAGUUGGCAUGCAUUUGCUGGGGAACCUAACAUCAUUGGAAGAUCUACAGUUGAGAUUUCGCACUUGGUCUCCUGAGUUUGUAGUAGAGCUGCGCAAGCUAACGAUGCUGAGGAAUCUCAAACUUUUCACUUACAAAGACUUGGAUGAUAGCCAGGUGAAAGCUCUGGUGAAGUCUCUUGGCAAACUGCAAGAGAUCCAAAUUCUGGACAUUUACUCUGCUAUUAAUGUGAGUAUUGGACCCCAAGGGUGGGAAGGUUAUGUACCACCUCGACAGCUCCGUGAAUUCAGGCUAAGAAUGGAGAAGGACAUGUUGCCGGUGUGGAUAAACCCGUCACUUGUUCAGAACCUCACCAGUUUAUGUUUCAAUCUGAAGGAAGUGAAGGCACGGGAUAUGGAGAUCCUUGGGAGUUUCCCAGAGCUCGUUGCUCUACGGUUGACUGAUCUGUUUCUGGGGUUGAGCGAGCCACAGGACUUUCUCCCAGACGUCAUGGGGGGGUUAUUCCCCAAGUUGAGGUACUUGAGUACACCUGCACCGCUGAGGUUUCUGCAGGGAGCGAUGCCGAGCCUUGAAUCCCUUGAUUACACUUAUCUCCAUGUGGAUCAGUUGAAGCGUGACACCAACUUUGUGUUUGAGUUUGGUAGCUGGGAAAACCUCCCUUCACUCCAGAAAGUGGAAGCUAUUAUCCUGAUAGGUACAGCUCAAGAGAACGAGGAUGAAGCUGUGGUUGCGCUGGAGCUCGCAGCCAGCCAACAUCCCAACCGUCCUAACCUUACAGUCAAGAAUUAGAGAUUAUAGCAGAAGCUAAUUAACUAAUUGUCAUCAACACAGUUAAUGUUACCUACUACACUUACUUUCCAAGCAAGCUCCUCCCCAAUCGAUCUCCGCUUCAACUAUUAUUUGUCUGCACCUGCAACUGAUGAAUGGCGGGCACCAAGAGCUUGUACCACUACUUAAUCGAUGCACCUGGAUUUUUUGCUUUUUUUUUCUUCCAAGCUCUGGGAUUGUAAUAAGCUACCUUUCAUUCUUUACGUGAUGAUGCUAUCAGGUUUUCGUCCCAUGGUUCAGCAAAAACAGAUGCGAGCAGUGGGUUUCCUGAUAGUGCGCAAAACUCAUUACCCCUUUCCCUUUUGCUGCUUGGCAGUUUGUUGUUUUUGCAAUGGAUCUCGGUAAGAAAAAAUUACUUAUCAUUCCCAUGAGUACAUUUUGAUAUUACUUCCGAGCUGAUUUCAACUAGAGUACAUUGUACAUCUAUUAAAGAGUGGCCUAGUGCCUCAGAAAUAUUGACUGUCACAAUGGU